GAUUCCCUCGCUCCAGAACUUAGUCACUCGUCCAAGAAGCCAGUAGAUCCUCAUAAAAUUCAUUUCCUAUCACAAUUUCAGAUCUAGGCCAACUAGCACAAGGAACUUAUAUACCGAGAGAUCUUACUCAGCGACCGCACUUUGCUUAAAACCUUAAAACGGACGCAUAUUUUGAUCUAGACUGUGCAAUGUACAACCGGGCUGUCACGACCUCGGAUCACCAAAUGCAGAUGGAUUCCAAAUAUACAGUCGCCGAUAUCCUCUCAUCUAUGGCCAACGGGGAGCCAGUUUCAUCAUCGAAUGGUUAUGCGAAUUACUCCAGUGGUAUAAUGACAUCCACUACCCCAACUCUGACACCUACCACCCUCUCCAACAUUGAGCAGCAGUUUAUUGAACUCCAAUCGGUCCCAACUACCUCACACCAAGACAGGCACAUGCAGAGCGGUUUUGUCCCUCCCAUUGUUGAUCCGUACUUCUCAGACUCUGGGAGCCAAACGAGUGUCGAUACUGACUGGACACCCUCCUCCGGUGGAUCAAAACGCCUGAAAACCAGUCGUGGAACUGCUGUCCUUAGCGAGGAAGAUAUCUACACCCCAGGGUACCUAUCAACAAGCCGCAGACCACCCACAAGACGAAAAGAUGACAAAUUCUAUCCUGGUUCAUCUUUUCAGUUGAAUCCAGAAGAAUUCGGCCGCCGCCAAGUAAGAAGGGAAAGGAACAAAGUAGCUGCUGCCAAGUGUCGUCAACGGAGAGUCGAUCAUACCAACCGUCUCGUUGAUGAGACUGAUGUGCUCGAAGACGAGAAGAACGAUCUUGAGAAUGAGAUUCAGUCUCUCCAGCAGCAGAAGGAACAACUCGAAUUCCUUCUCCAAGCUCACAAGCCGCUUUGCAAGAUGGCCAAUCUCGAUGCCCAUCCAUGCAAUGCCAACCUUAUUACCUCUUGCCCUUCAAGCCUACCAAUGCCAGUUCAGCCAAUGAAGAUGGACCGUGUCAACAUCAAGUCGGAACCCAACGACAUGCGCAUGGGUCAGCAUCAUUCCAUGAACAGGCCGAACACACUGCCGAUCAUGAAAAAGACUCUCGAGACGCCAACGUGUAGUGAAUUGGGUCUGACGAUGACAACGCCAUCUAAUGGCAUCUUCACUUUUGGUCUCGACUCCAUGGUUGAUGGUCAUACUGGACUCACUCCACUCAUGUCAUGCGCGAGCCAGGUUCAGAGGAACUCAAGUGACAGUAGCCCUGGUGACCAACUCCACUCACCGACUCUGAUCUCUUUAUGAACUCUUUAAUCAUGUUAUGAUUAUGUUAACUGAUAUUGGUUUGAGUUGUACUUGGGUACAAUUGGUAAAUUUGUUGUCCGGCUGUGAAGGCUGUUGAUAACUUUAUGAAAAUGACCUUGGGCCACAGAUGACAGUGAUGUCAUGGCACACACAGCUGGUUAAGUGGAACACAUGGUUAGUGUAUGUUUAGUCUUAUUGGCUAUGUGUAAGAUUUGUGGACAGGAAUAGUGUAAAAGUGGUGUGCAAAUUUGAGAAGUUCUUUUUUGUGAUAAUUUUUGGCAAGCGUGCUUAAUUCAUUUGAAAAGUUCCUUAAAAUUCUUAAGAUAUUUCUAAUUUCCUGUACACAUGUCGUGAAGUUAAGCUGUGUAGCUGUUAGUUAGGGGUGUGAAUGUCUGUUGUGGUUUGUCUUCUGUGAAUCUGAAUAACGCAGAGAUUGAUGGCUGAGAAUAGUAAGAUUGGUCCAAAAUAUCCAUCUAGUUCUCUUGGAACUUGAAAAGCACAAAUAGAGCACUGUUGCUUAAUAUGUAUGUUCCACGGCUAGUGCAAUUUUUUCAUGUCUUGAUUUUAUGCCAGCUUAUGUGUGUGUUAUUGGUAAUAUUGUGCAUUUGGGUUUAGCACAGAGGAAUCAGAAACUCGUAUGCAAGAAUAUAUUUUAUAUGAUGUACACAAAAGUUAACGCUAACUUAAUCAGAGCAUGUUGGAACAUUUUUGAGUAUGUAUUUUCUGUUAGGGACUUUCGAUUUGAAUUUUGAUUGUUUCAAAACAUGGUGCGCUAUUGGCUGAAGUGCCUAUGCUGUGGUCUCUCAUUGGCCAUGUCAUGCCUCCUGUGUUGAACGCGGGCUAUUUUUGGUUAUGCUAUUGGCAACAUAUGCAUGAAUUAUGCAGGUGCUCUUCCAUGCUUUUUAUAUAACGAAACAAACUGCCAUUUUGUUACAUAUAAUGAUUACCGGUCUUGCAUUUGACUUUACAAGGACAAAGUGCCUUUGGUAAAGUCCUGUGACAAGCCUGGCUUAGUUAUGCCUUUCGCUGUCAAAAUAGCAUCAUCUGCAGAGCGGAUCAUUAUCUGCAGAGCAGAUGAACACUGGACAUAUCAGUUUGCAUUACCAUGUCAAAAUUUGGAUUCUAUUUCACGCCAAGUUGAUCAGACCACUUGUAAAUCUUUGCAUUGAAAUACUGGAUAAUAUGUAGUUUUCAUUCUAUCAACUUGGAGUGGUGUUGCAUCUGAUCAGGGAUCCUUAUAUAUUGGUCACCACUCACAAUUUCAUCGUCAUCUUUUAUAAAAUCACCGUCCCCGGAACCCAGUAUUUAGAAUACAUUCAUAAGUUCAUACUCAUUGUAUAAACAUCAACCUCAUUCAUAAUGCAUUUCUCUACUUAAGUUUUGGCAUGGAUUUUCUGUUUGUUUGGGUACUAUACAAUAUGAUUUCUAAAUUUGAAGACACAAGGAAUAGAAGGAAAGGUUGACUCUAUUCAUUGUAAAAUGUACAUGUAGUUAUCCAAAAUAAAAAAGAUUAAAUUCAA